AUGGCCGAAGAGGACGCGCGUGGCAGCGAGCGCAAGGAGAGCCGCGAGCGCAAAAGCAGCCGCAAGGACAAGGACCGCAAGAGCAGUCGGCGUGACAGAGACGAUGACCGCGACAGGGAUCGCCGCCGCCGGUCGCGGAGCUACUCGCCGCGGCAGCCCCCGCGCCGCCGGUCCCGUGACAAGUCGGGCUCGAACGACCGCAAGCCCGAGGUGAAGGCGCCGAUGUUCGCGCCCGGCCCGCCCGCGGCCGAGGUGCCCGAUUUCCCGCCCAUGGAUGCAGCCCCGGCGGCGCCGGCGCAGCAGCCAACGUCGUCGAUCACACAGAUGAUGCAGCAGUACCCGUCGCUGAGUCUGCAAGAGGUGGUGCUCAAAAUGUCCCAUACCACGAGCACGCUCUCGUCGGCCGUCUCGCUCAAGCCGAUGCGCGAGCUGUACGUUGGCAACCUCCCGCAGAACGUGACAGGCUCGCAGCUGCAAGAGUUUCUCGGUACGAUCAUCCAGCAGGUCGGCCUCUCCCUGCCGGGCCAGCCGGGCAACCCGAUCCUCUCGGCGUGGAUCUCGACCGACAACCAGUUUGCGUUCCUCGAAAUGCGCACGGUGGAAGAGUGCAACCUCGCGCUGCUUCUGAACCAGCUCAACAUGCUCGGGCGACAGCUCAAGUUUGGCCGCCCGCGCAGCUUUGUCGGGCCCGCGCAGCCGAUGCCCAACAUCUCGUCGCGCACGCAGACCGCGCUCGUGAACCUCGGGUGCACGCCUAACCCGAUGUGGUUUGCAGGCGGCUCGGCCGCGUGCGGUCUCCAGGACGCCGGUCUUCUGGCGCCCAACUCGGGCUUUACGGACAUUGGCCAGCUCCCGCCGGACAACUCGUCCAACCGCCUCCUCAUGGCCAACCUCCCGACGGCCCUCAACGAAGAACAGGUCUCGCAGCUCCUCGAGCCGUUUGGCGAGCUCGCUCGCUUCCUUCUCGUCAAGGACAGCGCGGGCAACUCGACGGGCAGCGCGCUCUUCGAGUACAAAGACGAAUCGGUGACGCAGAGCGUCGUCGACGGUCUCAACGGCCUCGACAUUGCCGGCAACGCGCUCGUCGUGCAGCGUGCGCCGCGCCAGGGCACGAUUCCCGAGUACAACCCGAACGCGAUUGCGGCGCCGACGCCGACGCCGGUGAUCACGCUCGGCAACAUGGUGCAAGAAGCCGAUUUGGUCGAUGACGGCGAGUACAGCGACUUGAAGGAAGACAUUGAAGAAGAGUGCAGCAAGUUUGGCAAGGUCACGACGCUUGUGAUCCCUCGCCCGAGCGACGGGUUGCCCGGCGUCGGCAAGGCCUUUGUCCGCUUCGAGACGGUCGAUGCUGCGAUCGCUGCCACCAAGGCAUUGACAGGACGCAAGUUUGGCGGCAACGUGGUCGAUGUGAGCUACAUGAGCGUCGAGGCGUUCGAAGCCCAGGCGUUCGAGUAGACUGCUCUGCUGCUGUCGAUGAUGCUGGCUAGGAGCGGCGUCUCUCUUUUUUAUAUUUCAAAACAACGACGCAUCGCCUCCU